UCCAACAACGACCGCCGGGCCCGUCCGCCGCCGACGCCGAAAUCAUAGAAGGCAUCCUGUUGAAGGCGGGGAAGGAAAUGAUGUGGUGGUUCUGGCCACCACCACCGCGUCUAGCGAGACCCCAAGGAGACUUUCUUAACAAUAGGCUUUAUCGACCGCUUAAUUCAGCCAAUAACUACCGGAACAGCCAGGUUGGGUGGUUUUUACGCAAGCCUGACUGGACAAAGAUCAGGCUGCAGCCGUUGGAGAAGAACAUGUACGAGGAACACCCGGCCACAACAAGCCGGUCGAUGGCCAAAGUGAACGCCUACAGAAAUGUCAACGGUAUAUCGGUGAAAGGUAACAACGUCCCGAAGCCCAUCCUUGCUCUGGAAGAGUCCAACUUCCCGGACUUCAUCGUCAAGAGCAUCGAGGCCUCACGCGACCACGCUUCGCCCACGUGCAUCGAGGCACACUGCUGGCCCAUCGCUCUGACGGGCAGGAACUUUCUGGGCAUCGCGGAGACGGGAUCACACAAGACGCUCGCCUGCCUCCUGCCGGCAGUCAUCCACGUCAGCCGGCAGCCGCCCCUGCAACAGGGAGACGGACCCAUCGCCGUCGUGCUGGCUCCGACACGAGUGCUGGCCAAGCAGAUUCACAACGUAGCCUUAGAAAUGUGUGAGUUCGCCGCAUUGCGAAGCGUGUGCGCAUCGAGCGGGGAGCCCAAGGAAGGUCAGUACGAGGAGCUGAAGAAGGGCUGCCACAUCUGCGUGGCCACGCCUAGGCGCCUCAUCGACUUACUAGAAGAAGGCAAGCUGAAUUUGUACCGCUGCACGUACCUCGUGUUGGACGAGGUAGACCGCACGCUGGCAAUUGGUUUCAAUCGCCAUGUCCUCAAGAUUGCCGAGCUCUGCCGGCCGGACCACCAGACGAUAAUGUGGGUCACAUCAUGGCACAACGAGCUUAGGCCCUUUGUCGACGACGUCCUCCAAGACUACAUCGAAAUCGAGUUCGGGAGGGCACAGCUACCCGCUGAAGAUAGCGUGGUGAUGACUGCCGACGUGUGCCAAGAAGAAGAGAAGGAAGCGAAGCUAGCCCAGCUCUUGGACGACGUGCUCAAGGAGAAGUCUAAGAAAGCCGUUGUCUUCACCGACACGAAGAGGAAGGCAGACGAGGUUGCGUGGAAACUGCGACUCCGUGGCUGGUCCGCCAUUGGCCUUCACGGCAUGAAGACGAAAAAGGAGCGCGACUGGAUCGUUUCCAUGUUCCGCACUGGUGCGUCAAGCGUGCUCGUGACGACAGACAAGGUCGCACACGACUUGCUCCUCGAGAACGUGUGCUUGGUGGUGAACUACGACUGCCCGGACUGCUCGGAGCUCUACGCGCAUAGGUCGAGCCACGUCGCGCGCUCAGGUGAACCAGCCGUGGUUCACACGUUCAUAAUGCCGACCCAGCAGCUGUAUGCCGCAAAAUUGAUAGCAAUUCUGGAGGAGGCCAAGCAGCCCGUUAAACCGGAGCUGUACAAUAUGGCAGAGAAAGCUCGUGCUAAACAAUGCCGGUGGUGAGCGAGGUGCCCGGGGCGACGGCGACCCAAAGAAUGAACUCGGUGUCUUGAAGAAAGCUUUUAAAAUUGCCCGCCUUGUCUUAACUGGUGCAAGAGGCAGCAGCCUGUUUACUAGUCUAUGCGAAGUGAAAAUGAUAUAACUGUAUUUAAACUUCAAUCUAUUGGUUUUAAUUGUAAUGUUUAUCAUCUGUAAUAAUUGAAAGAUUGUGCACUAAACUAAAUAAGAAAAUUGAAAAUUUGUGCCUUAGUGGGUUGGAGUUUUCUCUGAAAAUAAUUUUUCGGGACAUGGGAGUAUAUGCUUCUUGAACGUGAUAAAAAAAACUGUGGAAUACCGGCCUGUGCUGUCACGAAUACCGCAGUUAAAUAUUUCUGCAAUCGUUCCAGUGAUACCACACUUUUGUUUUUAAAAAAAUUUCUGCUCCUUCCUUUGAUUCCACAAGAUCCCCUCCACUUUUCAAGUACAUAGCUACCACUUAAGCGGCUGCAGACGAAUGAACAGUGAUAUCUUGUGACUGCUAAUUCAAUUUAUUGUCAAGUAAUGACUCUUGAUAUUUUUCCUUAGUGAAAUGGUGGAAACCACUAUGGGGGUCUGGCCGCCAGUCUUGGGGUUACUAUCGUUAAUUUUUCUUGAGGAAAAAAGGCGAAACCUAUAUUCAGUAUUUGAAUUAAAAUGUCUACUGCUGCAGA